UCCGCUAGUCGACAACAGACUAAUUUAUGAACAACUGAAUUUAUACAGCGUUUUGAGAAUUCCAGUUCAAGCAACCUCAAUUGUAACGAAGGAACUUGUUCAACCUGGGUGUAAGUGAUAGGAAAAAAAGCUGGCCGAAUGAGAAGUUAGCGUUUUGAAGAUGGACUCAAACAUAUCGACGAAGAAUGGUUCUUCAAUAACAACGAUUUCGUAUUCCAAGGAGUUAAUUUUUUACGAGGUUGUUGCAUUUUUGAUUUUUGCUGGAAAUCUACUAGUGUGUGUUCUUUUUGCAAGAAAAAAAGUUCUCCUACGAAAAACGUACAACAUUUACUUCCUGAUUCUUUCAAUCACAGAUCUUUUAAUAUCAUUCGCUUUAGCGAUGACUCCUUUGUUUAUAUUAAGUGAUAUUUUGCCGUUUUCUCUGCACGUUCGCUCUGCUGGAAGUAUAUGUCGCGUCCUGUGGUCUAGAUGGCUGUUAUAUACCUUGGGGAUAUUCUCCAUCUACAUAUGCCUUCUUUUAACCAUUGAGCGCUGGUUUGCUGUGGUUAAGCCUUUGAGCUAUCAGGGAAAUUUCAACAAGAAGAAAGUAACUUUUUCUCUUGUAUGUGCAGCAUCGUUGGCUUUGAUGUUUACAUCAAGUACUAUUAUUGAAACAACGUAUAGUCAAGACAACAUUGGUGCAAUUCGGUGCCGUCGUAGGCCUAUUUCAGAGCUUUAUAAUCGCGCUUGGGGGCUUUGUCGCUUCCUUGGCGAAUGCUUAAUUCCUUCUUUCAUCAUGUUAGGACUCUUCAUUCACGUGAUAUUGAAAACGCAUUGUUCUGUCGCACCAAUGUUUGAUGUAACAGACCGAAGAUUAAGCAAUAUGGGUCGCACAAGUCAGACACAAAAAGCUGUUAUCAAAAUGAUAGGAACGGCGACAUUCUUCAUGAUUCUAUGCUGUCUGCCAAACCAGACCCUCUACCUUCUCUCGAAAUUCGGCCACGCAGAGAUAGACACACCACUUCAUCAUUACCUCGAAGUUCUAACGUUCUUUAACUCUUGUAUCAACCCGGCUAUAUACGGGAUUACAAGUAAAACGUUCCGUAAGGGAUAUUGGGAGAUAUUGCUGCGGUUGUGCCCUCCUAGAAUACGUGUUCGCUUGGCUCAGACUAGAGGUGGUCUUGGGGAAAGUUUGGGAAGUGUGGUUUUCCUUGUUCACGCAAUCCAUCGAAGGAAAUCUUACGAUUGGAGGUUCGAGGGGAUGCGUCCUGCUACAACGACGAAUCUAAACCCGAGUGUUUUGUCUGCUACGAACUUGUGAGAGGAUUAGAUAGCGGCGUCAAGCUCUUUUCCGUUCGCAAACGCCGUAACGGAAAGGGAGCUAAAAUAUCUAUGUUGUUGGAUCCUGAUACAACCUCUGGGCUGAUCUAUGUUAGGGCAAUGGUAACUCACAGAUAGAACCCCGAAACAAUCUCUGGUCUGAUCUAAGUCAGGGCACGGCUAACUCUCAGAUAGAACCCUGAAACAACCUCUGGGCUGAUCUAAGUCAGGACACGGCUUACUCACAGAUCGAAUUGGGAUUUAGUGUGUUGGGUUUUGAAAAGGGAUGAAAACCGGGAAACUUCCUCUAAUCGACGAAUCAAGAGAGUAACCGAAGAACAUUGUUCAAGUAACUCUACUCACACGUGUGGUGAGUCCAGGGAUCGAACCCGAGGCCCCAGAGGUGAAAAGAAAGUGCGCAUGCGCUACCACUACCAGUGUGGCGCUAGAUAUCCAACCCUUAUUUCGAUUGCACCCCGAUCGACUUAUGUUAUAUUUUACGAGGAACGAAAACAGGAAUCCUCUUUAUAUGUGGGUGUCAAAUCAUUAAUUCACAAUUACCGUAAAUCCUCUAUGUAGCCCCCCGGGGGGCUUAUUUAUUUCGGGCAUGUUUGAGGGAGGGCUGGAGAGGGGGGGCUUAUUGAUUUACUCGAAACGCAGUAUGUAAUAUGAUUGUAACUCAGGAUUAAACGGAAGCAUUACUAUUGACCGUCUUACAUAAUCUGUAGUGAUGUACAUAGCAUUUUUAUUAUUUGAUUCACCUGUGUUAGUUUCUCAAGUAUAAUUUACGAUUAUUGUGAAUAGCAAAACUAAAACACGGUAACAUUAACAAAGCAAGCUAAAAAGAAAUGUUCUGAACAACCAAGACUUUAAUAAAUCACCUUUAAUCAGUA